GCGUAAAACCGAGUGAAGUUACGCAUGCGCAUUUCGUACACACGUAGCUUCCUAGCCUUGGAUCGGGUUUGCUAUUACAGUUCGUCGAACGGGGACCGUUCUAAAAAAAUUUAUUUAAAAAACACCUGCGGCUAUUAAAUCGUCGUCACAAAUGGCGAGGUACCUGCGACCCCCAAACUCCUCUCUGUUUGUCCGGAAUAUCUCCGAUGAGUCCAGGCCAGAAGAUUUGCGGCGUGAGUUUGGUCGUUAUGGGCCUAUUGUAGACGUCUACAUUCCACUUGACUUCUAUACGCGCCGGCCAAGAGGAUUUGCUUACAUUCAGUUCGAAGAUGUCAGAGAUGCCGAAGACGCCCUUCACAAUCUGGACCACAAGUGGGUGUCUGGGCGCCAGAUCGAGAUCCAGUUUGCCCAAGGAGACCGCAAGACUCCCAACCAGAUGAAGUCCAAAGAGCGACACUCCCCUCGUAGCUUCUCGCGCUACGACGACGACGACCGCGACGGGCGCCGCAGACGUUCUCGCAGUCGUAGCUACGAGCGCCGCCGGUCGCGCAGCCCCUCGUACGAGCGCCGGCCGCGGGGAUCGGACAGUCCCAGAGACUCACGCGCCUACAUCCGACACAGACGCAGCAGAAGCCGCGAAAAUGACAAGCACAAAGGCGGCCAGCACGAACGCCACAGAACCCAGCAGGAGGCUGGCUCCCGGAACAGCUCGCCGUCCCACUCCAGACCCAAGGGCAGAAAGAGCCCGUCCCGGUCGCGUAGCCCCGCCACGCAGGAAGAAGAUUUCCACCUGGCCCCUGGAUCCCGCAAACGCUCCUUUGGCCGCUCCCCGUCGCGUUCCGGGUCACGCUCUGUAUCCCGCUCACGAUCGCGGUCCCGCUCCUGGGCAGAGUACAAGUCCGGAGGCCGCUAAACAGUUAACACUUUUCAGAACUUUUUUUUUGGGCGGAGGGGUUGUACAUUUGUGUUCCGUGACUCGUUUUAUGAGGUACAGUUUUCCAACUAUUAAAAUCUUUUUAACACAAUUCCCUUAACUUCUACGCAUUAGGUCCCUAUGAUGGGCUAUUAAUUACACUGGAAUCUCCUAUCCCUGAAACAUUUUGUGGGCAAAAGACUUCAUAAGAGUUUGACAUCGAGUUUGACUCCAGCUGAGUGAAUCAAAUGUUUUGAUUUUUUGUGUGUGGGAUAACCAUAGCACAGGAAAGUUAGGGUUAGCAUAUAGUUGGUUGAUCAGCCUUACAAAAUACCAUUACAGCAUAAUGCUAAUGUAAAUAUACCUUUCAUACUGCACGUUACAUAAUUUCAGCAAUACCCCCACAACGCCACUAGAAGGCAGUAACGCCCUAUGUGUCUGAAGAAUCCCCAGCCACCCUUUGUACACCUUUUAGUUAUGUAAAUGCUACUUGAAAAUUGCUAGUACUGUUGAAACACAAAGGCGAUAAUUUUAGCAACCUAACAUUUCACAUGGGCAUAUUUUUAAAUGGAAAUCAACUGUAGUCAUGGCAACAGUUUAUGGUCAUGAUCAGAAUGUUGGCAUUUGUACAAUAACUGGACUAACCAACUGUUCUCUUGUAGUUCAAUAAAAUAAAAAUUCACCUCUGCCAAAACUGAA